CUGCCAGAGUAGUGUGACAAUCCCUUUCGCGCCUCUUGAUGGCUCCCAGUCUGGCUCCGCGCUCAAUCCCCAACUCUUGCGUGAUGAGGAAUGUCUCGAAGAAAAGUGCAACUAUAUAUCCGCUGGCUGAGCAGAUGGCUGGCAAGGUUGCAAUGUUUCUGCACCAACAGUCGACGAAAGUGGUGGCCAACGAGACGCGACUCGAAACUUUGCCGCGGCAAAUUGGCAAAACGCGCCAACGCGCAAACGUUAGCGCGGACUUGCUCAGCCUCGAUCCCUCAUUCUAUGUUGCUUGCAUCGCUCUAGCCACGACAUUCAUGUCAAAUCUCAGAUGAUCUCAGUCUUCAAUUCUCGUGUCAUGUCAAAGAUACGGCAGCGAUCUGUCGCAUACAACAUCGUUCUGCGGGCCCUUGCAACGCCCGUUACGGACAGGGCGGCCGUGCC